AUGAAGCGUGUUUUCGUGCUUGAGGAUAAAGCCUGGACAGGAUCCAACAUACUCUAUAGGUGGCAGAAAAGUCUUGGCAAUUACAUUGCUGUCGCCGGUAGACAUGAUAGCACCGUGAAAAUAUUUGAUCGCCAUGGACACAAGUGGACAGAGCUUAGUCUACCAGGCCGCUGUGUUGGGAUGGACUGGGACAAAGAUGGGGACACGCUUGCGGUGAUAGCUGCGAAAUCCAGCGCGGUUCAUCUUUGGGACGCUAGUGUCAAUAAAACAUCUCAAAUAGAGAGCGGAAUGAAGGAUCAAAUGUCCCUCAUUUUGUGGUCAAAAACAACUACUCAUUUGGCCAUUGGAACGGCCAAAGGAAAUCUAUUGAUAUAUAAUCCACAGACAUCACGCAAGGUUCCUGUACUUGGUAAACAUACCAAAAAAAUAAUAUGUGGUUGCUGGAGUUCUCAGAAUCUUCUUGCUCUUGGAAGUGAAGACAACACUCUUUCAAUCAGUACUGCUGAUGGUGACACCAUUCGACAAACAAAUUUACGUGGUGAACCAGCAGAAAUUUACUUUUCUGUUAAAAAAACGGAUGAAAGAUCCAUGCAUGGAGAAAGUACUGUAAGCGUCUCUGUGGACAAGAAAAUACUUGUUCUGUUCAACAUUAAUGACCCAGAGGACAGGAUAGAUUUGGCUUUCCAGCGCCAUUAUGGACAUAUUGUAUCUUAUCGCUGGUAUGGUGAUGGGUACAUCCUUAUUGGUUUUUCCCAUGGAUAUUUUGUGGUGAUUUCGACCCACAUCAAAGAAAUAGGCCACGAAAUUUACCAGGCACAUAAUCAUAAAGAAAGUCUCACCAGUGUGGCCAUAUCUUCAGCUUUAAAUAAAGCAGCUUCUUGUGGGGACAACGCAAUAAAGAUCCAUGAGCUUUCUGAUCUUAAAGAUAUUAGCCACCUCCUUCAACUGGAAGAUGAAACCAAAGGACUGGACCAGCUUAGUUGGACAGAUGAUGGUCAACUACUGGCAGUUUCCACUCAAAAAGGAACACUUUAUGUAUAUCUUACCAAGCUGCCCAUUCUGGGGGGCAGCUUUGGAUCAAGAAUAGCUUUUCUUACCUCUUUGUUAGAGGUUACAGUGUUCAACCAGGUGGAAGGGGAGCGUCCUGUGACUUUUGAAGUGGAAGUGGAGCCAACAUUUAUAGCAGUCGGCCCAUACCAUGUGGCAGUGGGAAUGAAUAACAGAGCCUGGUUUUAUGCUAUUGAAGAUCAAAUGCCUGGUUAUAAAAAGGAUGUGGAAUACCUCGGCACAAUUGCCAGUAUGUGUCUUAAUGGAGAAUAUGCAGCUGCUCUGUUUGAGGGAAAGGUUCAGCUGCACAUGAUUGAAGGCAGAGACCAGGAGGAGAAGAGGCAGAUGAAGUUGUUUCCAGAUGAUGACCAAAAAGGACGGAUUUUAUGUCAUGGUCUGACCAACGACUUCCUCUAUUAUGGAACAAGUUCAGGUCUUAUUAUGUGUUUCCUGGUGGAGGACUGGGAAAAUGUGUACAGUUACAAUCACCCUGUUGGUGUGAUGAAACUGUUUCCAGAUCUGAAUGGAUCGCAAAUAGUUUUUAUUGAUGACAAGAACAGUGGCUUUUUGCUCUCUCCUUCUAAUGCUACAGAAUCCUGCAUUGAGCUGCCUAACUUCUCACCCACCAUCACGGGGGUGCUCUGGGACAACUGGCAUGCGGACCGAGGCGUGUUUGUGGCGUAUGACGAAGACAAAGUCUACACAUACGCCCUGCAUAAAAACACUAUAUACGGUCCAAGGGUGGUUUUGGUGGGCAGCACUCCUCUUCUGUUUUCCCAGAAUCCUUUGCUCUUAUACAAUGGAGAACUGACUUGUCAAACAGCCAGUGGAAAAACCAGCAAUGUGAGCUUGAAUACACACGCUUUCCUAAAACGCUCUGUUAAAAAGGAUUCAACUUCAUCAGAUCACAUUACGUCGCAUUUGAAGGAUGCACUGAUGCUUAAAAGGUUUUCUGAUGCUCGAGAACUGUGCAGGACCUCUGGCAGUGAGAAGGAUUUUGAUGAUGUGGGUAAAGCGUGCCUGGUGCACAUGGAGAUUGAACUAGCCAUUCAGGUUUAUCGAAUGAACUCCAAUGUUGGCAUGGUGAUGUCGCUGAUGAGCAUUCAGGGUAUUGAGGACAGAAAUUUAGUAGCAGGACAUUUGGCGAUGUUUCUGGGUGACUUUAACCAGGCACAAGAUCUUUACCUUUCCUCAAGCUGCCCAAAUGCUGCCCUGGAGAUGAGGAGGGACCUGCUGCACUGGGACAGCGCCCUGUUGUUGGCCAAGAGAUUAGCAGAAGAUCAGAUCCCUUUUAUUUCCAAGGAAUAUGCAGUUCAUCUUGAGUUUAUUGGUGACUAUGUGAAUGCUCUGGCACAUUAUGAGAAAGGAAUGACGCACACUGAUAAAGAGCAUGACGAGGUGUGUCAGGCAGGAGUUGCCAGAAUGUCCAUCAGGAUGGGAGACAUUCGGAGAGGCUCUGCUCAAGCUGUGCAGCAUCCAAGUCGAGUCCUGAAGAAAGAGUGUGGCGCCAUCCUGGAGAGUAUGAAGCAAUUUGCAGAGGCUGCUCAGCUCUAUGAAAAAGGACAAUAUUAUGAUAAGGCUGCAUCUGUUUAUAUCCGGUGUAAGAACUGGACUAAAGUGGGAGAGUUACUUCCAAAUGUAUCUUCUCCAAAAAUCCACUUGCAAUAUGCCAAAGCAAAGGAGGCAGACGGCAAGUACAAAGAGGCGGCUCAAGCUUUUGAGAGCGCCAAAGACUGGGACAAUGUGAUCCGUGUGCUUCUGGAUCAUCUGAACAAUCCUGAGGAUGCUGUUCGUGUCGUGCGAGAGACACAGAGUAUUGAUGGGGCUAAAAUGGUGGCCAGGUUUUUCCUGCGAUUGAAUGACUACGCCUCAGCUAUUCAUUUCCUUGUACUUUCCCAGUGUAAUGAUGAAGCGUUUCAGUUGGCACAGCAGCAUGGGCAGAUGGAGGUCUAUGCAGAUAUCAUUGGCUCUGAAGCAACGCAGGAGGACUACCAAAGCAUCGCUCUCUAUUUCGAGGGGGAAAAGAAACACCUGUUGGCUGGAAAGUUCUUUCAAAAGUGUGGGCAAUACAGCAGGGCUCUAAAGCAUUUUCUCAAGUGUCCAAACACCGAAGACAAUCUGGCAGUGGAAAUGGCUAUCGAGACUGUGGGUCAAGCAAAAGACCAAUCACUGACAACACAGCUGAUUGAUUACCUGAUGGGAGAGAGCGACGGCGUGCCCAGGGAUGCCAAGUACCUUUUUCGUCUCUACAUGGCUUUGCAGCAGUACAGGGAGGCUGCUCGCACUGCCAUUAUCAUCGCUCGAGAGGAGCAGUCAGCAGGAAACUAUCGAAAUGCCCAUGAUGUACUUUUUAGUAUGUAUACCGAGCUGCAAGCUCAGAAAAUAAAGAUACCGUUUGAGAUGGCAACCAACCUAAUGAUCCUUCACUCCUACCUCCUGGUUAAGGUACAUGUAAAAAGAGGAGACCAUCUCAAAGGGGCCCGCAUGCUCAUACGUGUCAGUAAUAAUAUUAGCAAGUUCCCAGCACAUGUUGUUCCCAUUCUGACGUCUGCAGUUAUUGAGUGUCACCGAGCUGGAUUAAGGAAUUCAGCUUUUAGCUUUGCUGCAAUGUUAAUGAGACCUGAGUACCGCAACAACAUUGACCCAAAGUAUCGGAAGAAGAUAGAGGCCAUGGUUCGACGUCCAGAUACAUCAGAGCUGGAAGAAGAAACUACACCCUGUCCUUUCUGUGGCUUUCAAUUGCCACAGAAUGACCUUCUUUGCAUUUCUUGCAAAAACAACUUGCCAUAUUGCAUAGCAACUGGUCGUCAUAUGCUAAAAGAGGACUGGUCUGUUUGCCCCCACUGCGAGUUCCCGGCGCUCUACUCCCAGUUCAGCAUGUUGUUGGAGACUGAGACUGUGUGCCCCAUGUGCUCUGAGCCUUUGAAUGUCAAACAGAUUUCUAAGAUCACAGAUUGUUCUGAAUACCUCACAAUGGAAAAAUCUGAUCAAUGA